AUGGACACAACAGUUCAAGAGUUUGAAGGCAAACUAAACAAGCUGUUACAUUUGAAUAAGGAUAUUACUUCUACAAAUUUGAAAUUACUAAUUGUGUCUUUACUUAAAUCUGAAAAAUCUGAUGAAGAACUUGAAAAAGAGUUUUACGAUCUAUUUGGCGUGGAAAAAAUUGAGUUGAUCAGAUCUAUUCUAAUGAAUCGAUCACAGGUUGUUCAGCUUGUUAGCAAUCCGAAUAAGUUGAUAGGGCACGGUUAUUUUUCUCUACGUAGAUUCCUAACUCCCGAACAGACUUAUUUCAGAUGA